AUGUCCUGGGGUUCAGAGGUCACGUCCUGGGGUUCAGAGGACAUGUCCUGGGGUUCAGAGGUCACGUCCUGGGGUUCAGAGGACACGUCCUGGUGUUCAGAGGUCACUACAGACUCCUCCCCCUCCCCAGACUCCUCCCCCUCCCCAGACACCUCCUCCCAUAAUGUGCCAUCAGUGCAGACUCCUCCCCCUCCCCAGACACCUCCUCCCAUCAUGUGCCAUCAGUGCAGACUCCUCCCCCUCCCCAGACGCCUCCUCUGUGGUUGUGUGUCUGUCUACAGUCUGACUGCUGCCUCAGUCUACAGUCUGACUGCUGCCUCAGUCUACAGUCUGACUGCUGCCUCAGUCUACAGUCUGACUGCUGCCUCAGUCUACAGUCUGACUGCUGUCUCAGUCUACAGUCUGACUGCUGCCUCAGUCUACAGUCUGACUGCUGCCUCAGUCUACAGUCUGACUGCUGCCUCAGUCUACAGUCUGACUGCUGCCUCAGUCUACAGUCUGACUGCUGCCUCAGUCUACAGUCUGACUGCUGCCUCAGUCUACAGUCUGACUGCUGCCUCAGUCUACAGUCUGACUGCUGUCUCAGUCUACAGUCUGACUGCUGCCUCAGUCUACAGUCUGACUGCUGCCUCAGUCUACAGUCUGACUGCUGUCUCAGUCUACAGUCUGACUGCUGCCUCAGUCUACAGUCUGACUGCUGUCUCAGUCUACAGUCUGACUGCUGCCUCAGUCUACAGUCUGACUGCUGCCUCAGUCUACAGUCUGACUGCUGCCUCAGUCUACAGUCUGACUGCUGUCUCAGUCUACAGUCUGACUGCUGCCUCAGUCUACAGUCUGACUGCUGCCUCAGUCUACAGUCUGACUGCUGUCUCAGUCUACAGUCUGACUGCUGCCUCAGUCUACAGUCUGACUGCUGCCUCAGUCUACAGUCUGACUGCUGUCUCAGUCUACAGUCUGACUGCUGCCUCAGUCUACAGUCUGACUGCUGCCUUUGUGUCAAUAGAUUAUUUCUGA